CGUCGCGAACGGAACGAAACGGAACGGAACCGUGAACCGGCGUGCCUCUACAUUCUAAUACGGUUAACGAGACUUAGGCGUAUAUUAUUGAACUAUAAUAUCAAGUAAAACGAAUAAGUAGAUUAAUUAACUUUCUUUACGUUUUCUUGUGUUACAAUUGUUAUCGAAUUUUUUUAUUUAAAAAAGAAAAAAGAAAAGUUGAGAAAACAUUAUAGGGUCGUGUCGAAAUUCCCGCGUUAACGGGAUUAAUUAUAUUAACUUUAACAAGUGUUUAUUCCUUCCCCUUUUUUUUCUUUUUCUUGUUUUUAUUAAUAUUUUAAUAUUGGUAUUCGGUAUAUCGUUAGAAAUAUCGGUUUGAAAUCGUCCACGUUUUUGAAUCGCAUGCGCGUAGAGGAAAAGAAAAAAACGAACACCUGUAAUAAUCUCUUUGUGAGUUUGCGCGAUGCUCGCUACCGCGCCAAGGUAAACGCCGGCAAGGAGGUCACGGGGCACCGGUGAAUUGUGUUAAGUGACGGAUUGAAACUAUCGUUAAAAGAGAGAGAGAGAGAAACUAAAAGACCAUUUACGAUUUACGAUUUACAAUUUACGAUUACUAUUAUAUAACAAAUUAUUACGAGAAACUUUGUCUGAUUGAAAGUCUAGACGAGUGUGUCGAUAAAGUGUUAGAUAACGAACUUAUUAAUCAGAUUAAUCAUCAUUUAUUACGUUUCUCGCGUUAUAACUCACGAGAAGAGAUCGAAAGUUUAUACAAUCGGAUACCUGGAAAUAUUUAGAAAGAAGAAUAAAGGAAAAGAAAGAAAGAAAGACAGACAGACAUACAGACAGACACGAGAAAGGACGAAAACGAUAAGGAGAUAAAAGUUGUAUGUCGGGAUGCGGCACGAGGAACCGUUCGGUUCCAGCUAACACGUGGUGACGAUCCACACACUCCAAGAUCGCGAGGGAAGCGUGUUUCAUCGUGAGAGGCUGGGACCUCCAGGAUGCCAGGGGUGUGGAAGUUGCUACGCAUGCUGAUCUAUAUGAUGGUUGGCUUGAAGAACGUUGGUAGCAACGGGGACAUCUGGCCACUGGAAAGGCCAGAGGGCAUGCCAGCCAUCCAAUCCCUCGAGGUGAUGUGCGGAAAAGAUCACAUGGACGUUCAUCUAUCGUUUUCGCAACCUUUUGAAGGAAUAGUAUCGUCCAAGGGCCAGCAUGCUGAUCCACGAUGCGUUUACGUUCCACCGUCAACUGGACAAACCUUCUUUUCGUUUCGGAUAGCAUAUGCCAGAUGUGGUACAAAACCAGACAUGCACGGCCAGUUCUACGAGAACACCGUUGUUGUUCAAUACGAUAAAGAUUUGCUCGAAGUAUGGGACGAAGCAAAACGAUUACGAUGCGAAUGGUUCAACGAUUACGAAAAAACUGCAUCUAAACCGCCAAUGGUGAUAGCCGAUCUCGAUGUUAUACAAUUAGAUUUUCGAGGGGACAACGUUGACUGUUGGAUGGAAAUACAACAUGGAAAGGGACCAUGGGCUCCACCUGUAUCUGGGAUCGUUCCUCUUGGCUCAACUCUCACGCUGGUCGUCGCAAUAAACGAUUACCGAGGUAACGAGCGACAGAACUCCCAAGGUGAAUUCGACAUGCGAGUUAAAUCGUGCGUAGCAUCAGACGGCGGGGGUCACACGAUACAACUAAGCGAUGAGUUCGGAUGCGUUCUCAGGCCUAAGAUGAUAAGCCGUUUUCUCAAGGCUAGAGGAUCGGAUGAUCGUGCUACCGUAAUAACAUACGCAUUUUUCCAUGCAUUCAAAUUUCCCGACGCACUUAGCGUUCAUAUCAAAUGCAAGGUUGAGAUAUGUCGGCACGGUUGUCUCGACCACUGUCAGCUCAGUGGUUCGGUCGGCCAUUAUAUUCAAGAACGCAAGGAUCAAAUCCUUCAGCAAUAUCACCAAACCACAGGAACGCCCAUCAUUCAUAACGACGAUAAUAAUAGUGCUGAGAAAAAUGACGGUGCCGUAAACGAGGAACAAAACGACGGUUCCCUUUACGAUGACAUCAUUCAGAACGGCGACGAGAUGACUUCGAUAGGCGGACAAUUUCUGGGUAUCGAGAAGUCCGUUGUUAAAGCACAACCGCAAACUAACAAUCGAUUACCAGCACCCGUGAUAGAACCGCAAAACGAGGACGACGUACAUCCGGACGAUCUUUCGCGGCCUUACUUGGAACCUCCAAGAGUUACGAGAUACGAGAGCGAUCGUGAACAAUUUCCACACGGACCGCGUAAUUUAGAAGAGGACGGUGAUUCUAGGCCAGUGACACCGUUGUCUUCGGUUAACGUUAGGCGAAAAAGAUCGGUCGUGGUGUCGGACAGAAAGGUUAGAAGCGCGGAUGUCGGUGUUAGUGGAAUAUACGAGGUAAUCUCGGAAGCUGACCUGGCCUUCAGUCCGGAUACCCACGCUGAAGCUGUUACGGUCUUUCAAGGAAGAAUACGUGAGGAGGUCGUAUAUGGUAUUUGUUUGCCAAUGCCAGGUUUCAGUGCACUCUUCGUAGUGGUAGCCCUUUCAGCCGUAGUCUCGGCAUUGGUUGCCGGUGCAAUGUUGCAUCGAUUGCAAUCCCAACGUGAAGCGGUAGUUGGUGGUAGCAGAAAAAAUCGUGCAACGGCUGUCGGACCCACGGCAAACGGUUGGUUACUUUAUGGUCUACUUCGUGUACGUUGUACGACGAGACCACCACCACCACCCCCGCCCCCGCCAUCAUCGUCCGGCCAAUUGCAAAAACAAACUAACGAUAUAGUAUCAAGGGAAACACCUUCGGUUGAAAGAGGCUGAUUAUUUUAUGAACCCGUGUACACGACUACCGCGACUCGACGAUUCAUUUCAUCGGAUAUCCGCUUAUCCAAGCAGUGAUAAUAUGCUCUCCGAGAGACUAUGUGCAAUAAUACGCUGUACAAAGUUAUACGUGUGUGUGUAAGGAUGCGUAAGAUCAAGCCCGAUUAAUCAAUCUCUCCGAGUCGUAUUUAAGUCGAGAGUUAGUAAUCUCUUUUACUUUUUUUUUUUUUUUUUAUUCAUUUUCUUCCUUUCUAUCUUUAUUCUACCUUCCGUUAGUUUUCUCUCGCUCUCUCUUAUCUUCAUUCUAUUCAAAGGACAUCGUCGAGAGAUUUCGUCGUUCGUAUUCACGAGAGACGGUGGAUCUUCGAUCGUUUCAACUACAUUUCUCGAGCCAUUAAUGCCAAUCUUUAUUGUCCCUCUCUCUUUCUCUCUUUCUCUUUCUCUCUCUCUCUCUCGAAGCUCAGGAUAUCGUGAAAACCUUUAAGGAUAAUAGCGAUACGUGUCUGGAAAGAUACAAGUUCACCUUCAUUGCCGAUGCACGUUCGGAACACACAAAAAAAGAUCGUCUAUCUUCUUCCAUUUGAAAUCAUCGAAACUGUUUGACGAGUUCUAUAUAUUUGACUAUCAUUUUAUUUUAAGUUAAUCAAACGAUUCUCUGUAUCAACGAUGAAGUUGAGAUUUUUUGUCUUUUUCUUAGUAAGGAAAAGUGAACGAAAUUAAUCAUUUCUAGGUGUCAUGAUGAUGAUGAUGAUGAUGAUGAUAAUGAUGAAGUUCGUAAAUAUAUGUAUAAUCUAAAUUGUAAGAUCAAAAUAAUGACACACGUACUUAGUUAGAUUUUUAAAAACUAGAGAAAUGAGAUAGUUGUCAUUUAACCAGACGCCAUCGAACGAGAAGAGAACAAAUAUUUCAUUUUUAUUUUUUGUCUUUGUAUUUUUUUUUCUUUUUUUUUUUUGUUUUCUCUUCAUAUCGUAACGCAUCAUCUUCUCUCAUUUCUAUAUAACGCGAAAGACGUAAAAAUAAAUAUUUUUCUUCUUUAGAUGAUAAUUUGUAUACUCGUUGUAAAAGUUCAUUAGCCUUAUUUAUGGCGUUCGCGUCUCGUCGUUUCUUUUUUUUUCUUUUUUUCUUUUUUCAAUAUUUUAAUAUCGAAUCUUAUUAUUUUAUUUAUC